UUUGGCUCCAGCGCCGCAGAGAACAUCUCUUGCGCGGCCGGGAAGGAAGACCCCCACGUGGUUUUCCGGCUCCGAACAAGCAGAGGACGGCCAUGGCGGGCCUGGAAAGCCUCUGCUUCGAGCCGGUGGGCGAAUCCACGGAGGCGAAAUGGCUCUACCAGCCAGGACAGGGCUCCUACAGAAAGGUGAACAGCUAUCAGCACGUGGGCGUGGGCAAAGGAGACUUCAUCAAGGAGGAUGGCUUUUAUGGAGGUGAGUGGGUCCCUGUAGGCAAGGGCAGCGGAUCCUUCAUCAGGAUCCAGACGUAUCAGCACGUGGGAGAGGGCCUAGGUGACUACGACAAGGAAGAGAUCACCAGCUAUUCGGCCUGGCGCCUGAGGCCCAGCUGCGUGGUGCUCUUCUCGCUGAUCCUGCUGGGGCUCGUGGCGCUGCUAGCCUUCAUGUCCUUCGGCAGCGGGAGCGCGUGGGACACGUUGAAAUCCAAUGUGGGCCUCCAGAGCUACGACUGCUCCGCAGAGUUCGAGCAGUGGCGAAAUGCCUGGAGCGAGGGCAAGAGACAGUGGUGCUGCCGGACCGCCAACCGCGGCUGCGCCGCGACGCACAGCUUCGGCGACCGCAGCUCGCAGGACCUCUACGACUGCAACUCCAACGUCCAGACCUGGCGAGAAGCCUGGACGCCGGGGCAGAAGCUCUGGUGCUGCAGCGUCUACCACCGCGGCUGCGAAGCGCCCCACCAGGGCGGGCCGGAGGAGGGCCUCUACAACUGCCGCACGGGGGGAUCGCCCUCGGUGUGGACCUUGUCCAAGCAGCACUGGUGCUGCCAGAAGACGGGCAUCGGCUGUAACCUGGCCACGCACGGCCCGGGCGGUGGAAGCCCGCCGGUGAGCUUCAACUGCCACGUGGAGCAGGUUGGCCAAUGGUCAGUGAUGAAGAGACACUGGUGCUGCGCGCACCAGAAGCUCGGCUGCGCACACGCGGCCCCGCGGCCCGCGCCCCCGGUGCAUGUGUCGCACUCGGAGCCCUUUGAUUGCAUGGCGGGCUUCUUGAAUUGGCAGCAGGGCUGGUCGUUGCCGAAGAAGAAGUUCUGCUGCCAGCACCACCACCGCGGUUGCGCGGCACCCCACCCGCAUCCGAUGCCUCAUCCAGUCCCUCAUGUGGUGCAUCACACGCCAGCACCACACACGCAGCCACCUACCCAUCCUCCCACCCAUGCUCCCACCCAUGCUCCCACGCAUGCGCCACAGGAGAGCUGCGAGGGAGAUGUUAGGAGCUGGCCCGCCUUGAAGAGAAACUUCUGCUGCAUCCACCACCACAAGGGUUGCGUGACCACGGCUCCACCGCCUCAGUGCGAGGCGAAGUGCAGCGUGAAGAAUCAGCUCCACAGCUGUAAAGACCGCAUCAACUACACCGCCUCGCACACCUUUGCCCACGAGCACAACGCCUGCGUCAAGGCGCUGACGAUGGUCCAUGGCGAGUGCGACGUGUGCUCCGGCUGCACCGUGGAGAACGCGCAGUGCAAGGCGCUGCCCACCUUCGACUGCGACGCGGCGGUGGCCAACGCGGCGAGCGCGUGGUCCGAGCAGAAGAAGGCGUGGUGCUGUAAGAAUGAGAUGAAGGGCUGCGCCAGCCACUAUGAGUGCGAGAACAUUCACGAACUGCAUAGCUGGUCCUAUGCCAAAAAGGCGUGGUGCUGUCAGCACAAGGGCGCAGGCUGCGUUGGCAGCAGCGCCCCCAGCCAGUCGCCGGGCGAGGGUCAUGAGUGGAAGCACGAGCAGGUGGACGGCACCUGGACGUGGCUGAAGAAGGUGAUCCAACAGCACGGCGCCCCGCCGGUGGAGCACGGCGCGGAGAGCGGCGGGUCCAGCGAGGGAGGCUUCGAUUGCCAGGAGGGGCUUUCGAACUUUGUCCACGGCUGGGCCAACUCGAAGAAGCACUGGUGCUGCGCGCACCAAGGUGUGGCUUGUACCGGACCAGUGAAGCCCACGGUGCCGCUGCAGCACGGCCACCAGUGGACCCGGGUGAAGGCUGCAGAAGGCGUCUAUGUCUGGCAGCAGGUGAAGAGCCAUGUGACCAAGACCUACAACUGCGUCACCGGGUUGGAAGAUGCAUCACGGUGGACCUCGGAGAAACGCGACUACUGCUGUCAGCACUUCAACAAGGCCUGUUGAGAGGUCCUGAGGUCAGAAGCCCCGCGCGGCUCUUAGGUAAACCGUCCAGUGCUUGGCGCGGGACUUGGGAUUCCUGGAGAAACGGGUGCCCAAGUGUUUUGCGGAGAAGGGAGUGCUGGCCGCCAGCGGAAGAGAUUCUGAAGAAGGAUCUCUUGUAGCGGCGAAGGCGGGUUUUGGCUUGAUGCACGAGAUUUGAGUAGCUG